AUGGGUCUCGAGCUCACAGCAUAUGGCCUCUCUGGCCUCACUGCAGCUGGCGGCAUCGCCGGCUACGCGCGCACAGGAUCACUCCCGUCUGUAAUCGCCGGAUGCUCGGUCGGGUUCCUAUACGCCCUCGGUGGUUACAGGAUUCAGAACAACCAGCCCUACGGCGUCGAGCUGUGCCUUCUUGCCUCAGUCAUUCUCGGAGGCGCUUCCAUCCCCCGGGCCAUUCGCCUGCAGAAGCCUGUGCCCAUUGCUCUCAGUUUGCUCUCGACGUUUGGUGCGCUCACUUUCGGGAAUGCCGCUCGUCGGGGUGCAUAG